CCAAAUUUACAGUGCUUGUCCUGUGUUCAAACUACUAUGCAUCUUGCACGUCAGUCCUGUAUUGUUCUAUUACUACCUCUAAUACGUUCAUCUAUAUGCAGUGUCAAGUGUUGUCUCACUGCGUCAAGCCUCAACCUCACCCUGUCAACCACUCAAGCCCCAACCAUGGCAUUGAUAUUGUCAGAAGCCUCCUUUAGGCUGGGUCAAGCACCACUCACACCACGACAAGUUCUCCCAAACAUCUUCGCAGUCUCUGUACUAAUAUCAACAUUCACACUUCUAUGCCGCGUCAAGGCCUACUAUCAGUGCCGCGUCAAACCUCGUCAAUGCCGCGUCACUGCCUCGUCAAACCUCGUCACUGCCUCGUCAAACCUCGUCACUGCCUCAUCAACCCUCGUCACUCCCGCGUCAAACCUCGUUACUCCCGCGUCAAUUUCACAUGGCCCGUAG